GGACGGGCCAGGAAGCAAGUCGAUGCUCGUUAGGUCGAUUGCGGAUCCUUUUCCGUAGGGAUGGAGAGAUUCCUGCGCGUUGACGUGUUAUACUAUAUGGAGAGAAGCAACGUAUACGUGCGAUCCAGCAGGAACCGCCGCCAGAAAAUCAAUCCAGAACGUCAUACUGUCGUGUGUAUCAACAUUGGAAAAUCAAUGGUAACCCGUGACGUAGGAGUCCCGCCUCAGAAUCGACCAAUAGGCUUGCUUUCUCGUCCCCACCUUGCCAAUCUUUUACACCUACCCACACGAGCAUCGGCGUGCUCAUUCCGUAGCAGACUGCUGCAUCGACCGGACGCGCGUGAUCGAGAACGUUGUUGAAAAGGCAGCACGCCGAGCUACCGUUAAAAAAAAGCGACGAAGCUAAUCCUAUCCGUGAAAGCACACGACGUGUAUGCAGUUUUCCAGUCGACACAGCAAUCAGCAGCGAUUGGAACACGAUCGGCAACAAGCGACGACUGACAAUUUCCAUAGUAGCAGUGACACGUCGUUGUUGUCGUCGGCGGCAUCUAUUCAAAUCGGUAGAAAAACCGAUCGAAAUUGUACGCAGUCAAUUUCGGUUCCGUUCGAUUUGAAGGGGAUACACGUAAUCGAGGAUAAAAUCGAAGGAUACGGUUCGCGAAAGAACGAAAAAAAUAUUUGCUCGGUCGUUUUAAUUCCGUAAAUUCCCGCUAGAGAGAAGAAAUCCUCUUGUUGCAUUUGGUGAAGCGAGACCGCCGAGUGUUUCGACGGAUUCUUUUGGAAAAAUUGUCGACGAUUGCCGAAUCCCAGGAGCUGUGCGAUUUGAACUUUCUAGAAAGACGGAGCGAGAAAGACAGAGGCUAGGUGUAGAGCUAGGUGAGAGAAAAGGAAGGAAACUUGCCGCGGGAUAGAGGGAACGAGUGUGCUCGCUCAUCGAGUGCCGGCUAUCGAGAUGGCGUUUAUGAUGCCCGUUAUGAAAAACGAGUGGGACAUUUACAAGACCAACCGCAGUCGGCGAUCUUCCGAGUGUUCCAAUCCUCAGGCCUGUCGCAGUAGAAAGGUGUCAGAAUGUUCAAAAUCAGAGGGUCCGUCGUUGUCUACCUCACCGGGAUCGGACUUCUUGACAUCGCCCGCUCAUCGUUCGGUCCCUCUCACGUCCCGCCAUUUCUCGAGGACGUCCUCGAGGGCGUCCCAGAACUCGUUGCAAAGCCCGAGCAAGAGUACCGGCUCGUCCCCACCGAAAACCGGGAGCUCCAACUCCCUGAACAAGUUUCACAACCGUUUGGUGGACAAGCUGAAAAGGUCGUUGAAGAAGGCUGAGGACACAACGGAGGAUCAGAGAAAUUUGUCGUGAAACAACCAAGGGGUUUUGGGCCGGCCACCGAUUCCCGGCUCGAAACCGAUCGAAAUAAGGCGCACCUCUGCACCCGUUACCGCGUCCGCGACUAUCUACGAGGGGGUUGUACGAUCCUGCCCGGAUCAAUCGUCUUCGGCAUGGUAGAGCACACAGAGGAACCGACAAUACGCGUAGCUGGCAACAACGACAGGAUCGGAUCAAAAUAAUCCCCCUUACGAAUCAUUUACGGGUAACAACAACAACAACAACAACAACAACAACAACAACAACAACAACAACAACAACAACAACAACAACAACAACACCAAUAUCAAUAACAACAACAAUAACAACGACGACUACGACGACGACGACGACGACGAGGACGAUGACGAUCGAUCGAUUUUUGCGCGUGAAAGCAUGCUCGAGAAACCUCGACGUGACUCGAUUCCGAAGAGAGGAGGAGCGCGAAGAGAAAGUGGCGCGAUCUUCCGCGAGAAGAGGAGAACUUCGAUCGCGGGAGAAGAAGAAUUCUUGGGAAAAGGAGAUCGAGCGGACAAAGAGCGGCCGAGGGUGAAAGAUUUUCGUGGAUGAUGUUCCUACCAGACGAAUCCUCCGGUACCUGUACGUUUCUACCGCUCUCUUCUGCGUUUCUUUUGUACAGUGCAAUUUACAGUGAGAAACUGUAAACGAGAUUUUUACCGUUUUCUUUGUUUUUUCUCUUUACAUUUUCUUCUUUUUUUUUUCUUUUUUUUUUUUUUUUUUUUUUUUUUUUUUUUUUUUUUUUGUUGUUUUGCCCUUGCUUACUCGCAAGAAGAUCGGAAGAAGUCUCUGGAUGAACGAGCCACGAACGAGCCGCGAGAUUUAACUUUCUUAUUUUCGAUAUGAAAUUGAUUAUUGUUCCGAACGAAAUGAACGGAAUUCUUAUUGUGGAUAAUUGUUUAGGAUGACGAAGAUAUAGAGAAAGAGAGAGAAAGAGAUAGAGGAGAAGGAGAAAGAAGGAGGAGGAGGAGGAGGAGGAGGAGGAGGAGAGAAAGAUAUGCGGAAGAGAGCGAAGGGAUUAAUAAACGAAUUAGAAACGAGCCUCCGUCCAGUUAACGCGGAAGCUCCUUUAUUAAAGGAAAGGACGAGGAAAGGACAACGAGCAGUGGAAAAAAAACGAGCGACGAGAGAGAAAGAUCCAACGAAAGAGGUACAUAAUCACGAAUGGAAUUCCUCGUUAUCGACGUUAACAUCGCUGGCGCGUUACGUUCAACUGCGUUUCAUUCUCGCUAUCGUUUCGCGUUCGUUUUCGCGCGCGUAUAUUAAUUAACGGAAGGUUCGUGGCCAGUCGGGAUCGAUAAAUGGAUCUUAGACCUAAGAUAAAAAGGAAAAGAAAAAAAAAAAAAAAAAAAAAAAGUUAGUUCCUUCACACACGUAAAUAUUAAAUCGCGCGCAUUAAACCUCGGGAACGACUUGACCAUUCACUUUCUGCUGUUUCAAAAAUUUGCUCUUUUUUCAAGGAACAUAAGAAAAAUUGAUCGUUUUUUAUAUUUCUGUUUUUUUUUCUCUCUUUCUUUUAUAUGUAAUUUUUUUUUUUUAUCUUCAUUUACGUAAGUCACGUAGUUAAACGUAGAGAAUUCUAUUUCGUUACGAAUAUUUAUUAUAUAGAGUAGUUUCGUUUAUUUACUUUAUUUACUUUACCCGUUUUUUUUCUCUCUCUCUCUCUCUUUUAAUUAAUUAAUACGUUUAUAUCGUAUAAACUCGAUUGUAAAAAUAUGUUUUUGAAACAUUAGGACAAGCAGAAAAAUGGGGUGCGUAACACACGCGUCGAAGUCAAAGGAGUUCCCCGGUUAAAGGGUCUCGCAUACGACAACCGGAAACGCUUGUUUUCAUCGUUAAAGAUUACUUGCUGCCUCCAAUGGGGAAUAUGCGUGCGUGUACGCGAAAGCUGCGAAGGGAUAUUAUAUAUAUAUAUAUACAUAUACGAGAUAUAUAUAUGUAUAUAUAUACGAGAUGCGCGUUAUAUUAUACACAUACAAUUAUAAUUAGACGAGCUAGAGGAAAAGAAAAGGAGCCUAAGAAAAGACUUACUUAUUUUAAAUCGCGUAUCGUUCGAGCGAGAUUAUCUGUACUUACACGCGUAUAAAUAUUUAUUUCAAGCUUUCGUUGUAAAUUCCGUCUCGCGUACAAUUGGAUAAAUACGAUAUGCAAAUACGUCUUCGAAACGAUACGCGAGCAUUUUUUUACCAACCCUUAUAUCAAUUUUUUAUCUUCGCGUAAAUUGUUGUACGCUUGUUAUUUGUUAAAAAGAAGAGGAAGAAAAGAAUUACUAGUCCUCUCUUUUCGUUUUAUUUUUCUUUAGAUUGUAUAUAUCGUUCUUUUUGAUACUUCUUUUUUUUUUUUUUUUUUUCUUUUUAAUCGAAAAACGCGUUCGAAAAUUCAUCUCGAAAAUUUUGUUCGAAAAUUUUGUUCAAAUAUUAGGCAUCGGCUACGGUAUCGUUUCGAGGUGAACGUAUUCGAAGAUGCCCACGAUGCCCUUCUUUCCGCUAUAUUAUAUAAAAGAUAUGCAAUCUUUUUUUUUUUUUUUUUUUUUUUUUUUUUUUUUUUUUUCCAAACGAUCCUCGCAGCUUUUAUCGAAAUGUAUCAUAGCGUUUUCCCCGUGUCCCGCGUUUGAGGUACCGGAUUUUGCUGUUUUUCAAUUAAUCGUUACGAAGCGUUUGUUAAAUUCUUUUAUAGUAUAUUAUAUUACUUCCGUCGAGAUAUGCGGUCAAGUUUGUUAUUCGUUAUAUAUACGUUAUUAUUAAUAAUCGAGCGAUCAUUUUUUGAGAAAUGGGGAAAGUGAAAACGAAAAAGAAAAAACGAAAAAAAGAAAAAGAAAAAAAAGAAAAAACGAAAACAAAAAAAAAAAAGUGACGCAAAUUGGACGCAGUACGAACGUCUCUGUUGAGGACAUCGAAAUCAUAGAGGGAGACAUCUUAUGUGCAAUCGUGCAAGUAGAAGAAGAAUCGAUCGAUUCUUUUCCUUUCUUUCAGUUUAAAUAUUUUCAAUAGUAGCGAAAAGUAAAAAAAAAAAAUUGAAAAAAGAAAGUUUAAGACCAAAGAGAAUUUAUGAUUUCGUAUGAUUCGUGAUAUUGUUCUUCGGGGGGAGGGAAAUUUUGCGAAGCAAAAUAUCGGACUCGUCUUAAUUCGACAGUAUUAAAUUAAACGUAAGAUAAAAGUAUUUUUUUUUCCUUUUUUUCUUUUUUUUUUUUUUUUUUUUUCUUUUUUUUCGUAUUUUUAAUUCAAGCGUAUAAUGUAUGGUGACAUCGUCUGCGUCCAUUCUAGCCGCAAUUUUCAAUUUUUAACGAGACGAUUACGCGCUUUCCUUAUCGUUUUGCAAAAUUACGAAGUGGGAGCAAUUAUACGAUACCGCGUGUAACUCUGUGAUACCGUAAGCUAUAAGGUAGAAUUAUUUUGCAACGAUCAUAUAAAAGAAAAACGACAAAAAAAAAGAAGAAGAAGAAGAUGAAGAAGAUGAAGAAAAAGAAGAAAAUAUGGAGGAAGGAGUUAUGGGGAAAUGUUAUUGUUACUACUGAAAAUUCGUACGAACGCUUCGAUUCUCCGUCAAUCAAAUGCGCGUCUUUUUUGGCAGCGAGGGCGACAACUUCUUUCUUCGUUCAGCAAUAAUAGAACGAGAACAAACGAUCGAAUGAUUCUUUUAUCUUCUGAUUCUCGAUCGAAUAUUUUGAAUCUAUCGCUGUUCUGUAAUAGUAGAUAGAUAUAGAGAGAUAUACGAUAAAAAAAAACCCCCUAUGCACAUGUGAUUAGCUACAAGAAAGAAACGUACGUAGAAAAUUUUAAAGUUCCCGCCAAAUCGAUAGAAUCAGGUUGACCUAAAGAUGACAAUAAAUUCGUUUUUAUUUCAUCUAUUAUUAGAUCGACACCGUUUUUUCUUCUCACUGCUACGUUAUUUUAUUACUAAUUAUCUCUUUAAUUAAUUUUCUCAUUUUCAAUUUAAUAAUAACUCGAACCUUCGACACUAGUGUGUCAGAGGGACUACUGUGCAACUAAACACUGUGAAUACGGGGUUCUUGCUUUUGCUUCUAAAUUUUUUAAAAUUAAUCAAUCCUCAAAAGACGAUGUAAUUCGUACCGUGAAUAUUUUCUCUCUCUCUGUUUAACAAAAAAAAAAAGAAAAAGAAAAAGAAAAAGAAAAACGAGGCGAACGAGGAAAGAAA